GGAGGAGCAAGGGGGCGGCCUAGGUCUGGCAGUCCGGUCCUAGGCGGGCGGGUAUGCUGGAGCUGGUGGCUUCAUGAUCUCACCGGUUCCAGAAAAACCUCCUAGCUAGCGUGGGGUCGCGUUCCCCCUAAUUCAGGCCAGCACCACCAGGAUCCACCCAGCCUCCUGGGAAGUUGGAUUCCCAUAGUGGAAAAAGGCUGGGUUAGCCUGGUGGUCUGGACCUCCGGGCUCUGGCCACAGCAGUGACAGACACCAGCUGUUAGGACUUGGGCAAAUCUCUGGAGGCUUAGGAUAUGUGGAAGGGCUUCAAAAAGUCAGAAGACCCAACCCCUUCAUGUUAUAAGUGGGCAAACAGGCCUAGGAGGGGAUGUAACUCUCCUAAACAUGAAAUUUCAGAGCCUUUGUUGUUAGUGUAACUGAAACCCACUUCCCCCAUUACCCUCACACCCCUGACUGCUUCUUGAGAUCUCAGCUCAAACUGUCACCUUAGCAUCAGUUCCCCUAAAUACCCACCCCGACAGGUCACUCUCACAAACCACCCUUUUUAUUUUCUUCGUAGCACUUCUCACUCUUAUACUGUCAUUUUCACUUAUGUGUUAGUUUGUCUUUCUCACUUCCACUAGAAGAAAAAUCUGUGAGAGAUGGAAUUCUCUGUCUUGUUCCUUGCUGAGUAAGUGAAGAAUCAUUGCAUUUAGCUGAAGCUAACCUUGAUUAAACACUGUGCUAAGCAUUUUACUUGUGUCAUCUCAUUUAAUUAACACCCCUAGGAGUUAAUUGCUGUUAUCUCUGUUUUACAAAUGAAUAUGCUAGGGACUGGAGAAAUUAAGCUCAACACAAAUUGUGCUGGUUUUCGUUUUUUAGUUGAAAAAAGUAAUACAAGUAAAUGGCAAAUUCAAGCAGUCCAAUAUCAUAUAAUAAAAUAAAUAUCUCCCAUACCCUAGAACUCCAACCACUGUUAACCUUCUUGUGUAUCCUUCCAGAAAUAUUUUUGGUUUAUACCAUCAUAUAGGUAUGUAUAUGUGUAUCUUUUAAAAUAACCUUUUAAAGGUGUAACUUAUAUAAAAUGCACCCAUUUUAAGUGUGUAGUGAGCACCAUCACAGGAUAGAGAACAUUUCUGUCACACUGGAAAGUUCCCUGGUGGCCCUUUAUAGUUAAUCCCUCCACCACCACUGGCCCAAAAAACUGCUAAUCUGCUUUCUGUCUAUAUUGUCUCUUUUUGAAAAAUGCAGUUAGAAUACGACACACGACACUGCCUAUUCUGUACCUUGUCUUUUUCAUUUAACUAUAUAAUUUGAAUGUCUUCCCCUUAGCCCAUAGAACUCUUGAUAACAAUCUUUUUGACCACCUCAUAGUUUCGCAUUGUUUGAAUGUAUUACAGUUUGGUUAAUCACUUUUCAACUGGUAUACAUUUGGGUUAUUUCUAGCUUUUUGCUGUUCUAAAAACAAUAUUGCCAUGAGCAUUCUCAAGGCUACAGUUCUGUGCACUGCGAGAUAAAUUCUUAGAUGUGGAAAGCCUGCGCUCUGAGAUACAAUCUUAUACUGCCUCCCUAUGGUGGAGAAGAAUGCCAGAGAAUAUAGGCAAUGUGUUUAACUACAGUCGAGCUAUUUGCAUGAGAUGUUAUACAUCAGCCCACCUCCCAGUUUUUCUCUGACUCUUAUUGAUGCUCUGGACACCUUGUUGAUUUUGGGGAAUGUCUCAGAAUUCCAAAGAGUGGUUGAAGUGCUCCAGGACAACGUGGACUUUGAUAUUGAUGUGAACGCCUCUGUGUUUGAAACCAACAUCCGAGUAGUAGGAGGACUUCUGUCUGCUCACCUGCUAUCAAAGAGGGCUGGGGUAGAAGUGGAGGCUGGAUGGCCCUGCUCGGGACCUCUCCUGAGGAUGGCUGAGGAGGCAGCCCGGAAACUCCUCCCAGCCUUUCAGACCCCCACUGGCAUGCCGUAUGGAACGGUGAACCUGCUUCGUGGCGUGAACCCAGGAGAGACUCCUGUCACCUGCACAGCAGGGAUCGGGACCUUCAUCGUGGAAUUUGCCACCCUGAGCAGCCUCACCGGUGACCCUGUGUUUGAAGACGUGGCCAGAGUGGCCCUGAUGCGCCUCUGGGAGAGCCGGUCAGAUAUUGGGCUGGUCGGCAACCACAUCGAUGUGCUCACUGGCAAGUGGGUGGCCCAGGACGCGGGCAUUGGGGCUGGCGUGGACUCCUACUUUGAGUACCUGGUAAAAGGAGCCAUCCUGCUUCAGGAUAAGAAGCUCAUGGCCAUGUUCCUAGAAUAUAACAAAGCCAUUCGGAAUUACACCCGCUUCGAUGACUGGUACCUGUGGGUGCAGAUGUACAAGGGGACUGUGUCCAUGCCAGUCUUCCAGUCUCUGGAGGCCUACUGGCCUGGUCUUCAGACCCUCAUUGGGGACAUUGACAAUGCCAUGAGGACCUUCCUCAACUACUACACCGUCUGGAAGCAGUUUGGGGGGCUCCCGGAAUUCUACAACAUUCCUCAGGGAUAUACAGUGGAGAAGCGAGAGGGUUACCCGCUUCGACCGGAACUCAUUGAGAGCGCCAUGUACCUCUACCGUGCCACGGGGGACCCCACCCUCUUAGAACUCGGAAGAGAUGCUGUGGAAUCCAUCGAAAAAAUCAGCAAGGUGGAAUGUGGAUUUGCCACAAUCAAAGAUCUGCGAGACCACAAGCUUGACAACCGCAUGGAGUCUUUCUUCCUGGCCGAGACCGUGAAAUACCUCUACCUGCUGUUUGACCCGACCAACUUCAUCCACAACAAUGGCUCCACCUUCGAUGCGGUGAUAACCCCCUACGGGGAGUGCAUCCUGGGGGCAGGGGGUUAUAUCUUCAACACUGAAGCACACCCCAUUGACCCCGCCGCCCUGCACUGCUGCCGGAGGCUGAAGGAAGAGCAGUGGGAAGUAGAAGAUCUGAUGAGGGAAUUCUACUCUCUCAAACGGAAUAGGUCGAGAUUUCAGAAAAAAACAAUGAGCUCAGGGCCAUGGGAACCCCCAACAGGGCCAGGGACAUUGUCCUCCCCUGAAAACUAUGACCAGGCAAGGGAGAAGAAGCCCACCAAGCAGAAAAUCCCACUUCUCAGCUGCCCUAGUCAGCCCUUUACCUCAAAGUUGGCAUUACUGGGACAGGUUUUCCUAGAUUCCUCAUAACCACUGGAUGAUACUUUGUUUGUUUCUGAAACUAAACUAUAACAAUAAAUCUGCUUUUGAUGA